UCAACUCUCCGUGGAAAUAAGAAAUGGAGAAUGAGGACAGCACGAGAGACCCCUGUGCUGGAGCUACAGCCGGUGUCACCUGCUUCAGCCCUGGGGCCCGGAGCACCUGCUGGAAUGGCACCGGGCCUGGCAGAGCCAGCGCCAGGUCCAGAGCCCACCAGCCCCUGUGCGGCGAGCAUCUGGGACAUCCCGGGAGUGGUCUCGGGCCCCGAGGUGAAGCCCCAUGAGCCUUCAGAACCCAGCAGGCCUUCCCCCAGCCCCGGGAUGAGCCGGGCUAGGCGCCAUGCCUGGGAGCCCGAUGAUGUGACCAGCGUCCUCCAUGGCAGCCAGCUUUCAUCCAUCCCAGAGGGCCAAGUCCUCCACCACUUGGUCCAGGAGGAGCACCUGGGGCCCACUGUGGCAGAGCUGGAAGAACCACGGCAGACGCAGCUGGCUCCAGAGACACAGGGAGGGCCGGCUUCAUGGCUAGAGCCAGUUCAGGAGCUCCCUGAGACCCCUGUGCUGGAGCUACGGCCAGUGUCACCUGCUUCAGCCCCUGCAGAGCCAGAGGACAUCCCAGCAGUGCCCUCGGCCCCACCGCCGAGCCCUGAGCUUGAGCCCCAUGAGCCCUCAGGCACGGGGCCCAGGGCACCUGCCGGAAUGGCACCGGGCCUGGCAGAGCCAGGGCCAGCUCCAGAGUCCACCCUCCUGGCAUUCCCCCCACGCCUGGUGGCGGAGCAGCUGACCCUGAUGUAUGCGGAACUGUUCACCAAGGUGGCAGUGGCCGACUGCAAGACCCGCUGCAGGAGCCAGUCAUACAACGGAAACGUUGAGCACCUGGCCCCCGCCAUCAAUAAGAUCAUAAAAGAAUUCAAUGACGCAGCCAACGUGGUCAUCUGCUCCUGCCUCAGGGCCCCAGGCAUGACGGCGCGGGACAGGGCCCGAGUGGUAGAGUUCUGGAUCCAGGUGGCCAAGGAGUGUCUGGACCUUGAGAAUUUUGCAUCCCUCUACGCCAUUCUCUUGGCCCUGCAGAGCCCUGCCAUCAGUUGUCUGCAAUGCACCUGGGGACAUGUUUCCUGGAAAAGCUCCAGGAUGCACAAAAGGCUAAUCAAAGAGAAGUGGCUCAACCAGAAGUGGCUCCUCAAGGAGGCGACCUCCAUGGUGAUGCAACAGCAUCGUUUCCUCUGGGGAUCCGAGGAUAGGCAGGAGGUGAGUGGCCUGGCCAGGGUCAUGGCGGUGGGGGCAACCCUGCACUUGCUGCUGGUGCCACCAGCACUGGGAUGA